AUGACCCAGACUCCUGAACCCCGGAUAUUCACCCACCGGUCUGUGUCCCCAUUGAAAAGCGCAAACGACACAUCCGGUCAUGAAAGAUUCCCUUCUUUUGAUCACAGCACCCCCCCAAACCUCCACCUCAACUCCUCCGUGGUCGCAGAAAGCCCUCAAGAGAUCACUCCGGCACCGCACCUCAAUGGCGAGUUUAAAUGGCCAGUCAGAAAGAUGAGUCAGAGGCUGCGUGAUGCUCGGCCUGCAGGAGUAUACACCCAUAGAUCCAAACGAAGUGUCAGCGAUGCAAUUCACAGAAUCCGAACAAGACAAGGGAGUGUCAGUGAAAAUGCGCAAGAACUAGCUGAGGCGCUGAAAGCUCCAGUUUCCUACAAACUGAUAGCACUAUGCAUCAUCUGGUACAUGACCUCUGCAUUGACAAACACGUCCUCGAAGUCGAUAUUGAACGCCUUUCCCAAACCAGCCACCCUCACAAUCCUCCAGUUCGCCUCAGUCUCCAUCUGGUGCUUGAUACUGACAGGAAUGUCAUCUAUUUUUCCAUCAAUAAAAAGAACCAUACCUGCGCUGAGGAAUGGCCUCCGCCGGCCCUCAUGGGACGUCAUGUACACGGCAUUUCCUCUUUCGAUUUUUCAGUUGCUCGGCCACCUCUUAAGUUCCUAUGCAACCUCCAAAAUCCCAGUCUCUCUGGUCCACACAAUUAAAGGGCUCUCACCACUAUUCACCGUGCUGGCGUAUCGAUUGGUGUUCCGCAUACGUUACAAGCGAGCCACCUAUCUGUCACUUGUCCCACUCACCGUUGGGGUCAUGUUGGCGUGUUCCACCGACUUUUCCACAAAUUUUUGGGGGAUCAGUGCUUCCUUGGUGGCAGCCAUUGUCUUUGUGACCCAGAAUAUAUUUUCGAAGAAGCUAUUCACCGAAUCAGCCCGCGCGGAAGCCGAAGGCCAAAUACAUCUCCCCCGCAAAUUGGACAAGCUCAAUCUCUUGUGCUAUUGCUCCGUCGGGGCUUUCAUGCUCUCGGCGCCAGUCUGGAUAUACACAGAAGGAUUGGAGAUUAUUCGAGAUGUAUGGAAGGAUGGCUCGAUUGAUCUUACGGAAAAGAGAGGAGCAAUGGAUCACGGGCAACUAGCUCUGGAAUUUGUCUUCAAUGGAGUCUUUCAUUUUUUCCAGAACAUCAUGGCAUUUGUCCUCCUCUCAAUGUUGUCACCAGUCUCGUACUCGGUGGCCUCAUUGAUCAAAAGGGUAUGGGUUAUCGUUGUCGCGAUUAUUUGGUUCCGGAGUUCGACCACGUCCAUCCAAGUCGUUGGCAUUGCGCUCACGUGUUUUGGUCUUUAUCUGUAUGAUCGGACUAGUAUGGAGGACGCUGCGGAAAGAAGGACUCGGGCCGAUCAUUUCCGUCACAAGCACACACCACUUCUACCUGUUGCCGAAGUGAAGACCCCAGGUCACCAUGACGGAUCCCAAAUGAACGAGGACUAUGUGAACGAGAUGUCAGACUCGCAUCCGAAGAGGGAUGAUAGCCAGGGUCGGCAACAAGACCCCAACUUCAUCUCUGGAUGGCUCCCACCUGGAACGAAACAAGAAAGUACUUGGGCCGCCGGGGAUAAAGGAGAAAAACAAUAA